ACCACAAAAUAACAAAGCAGGAACGUGGAGCGAUCGCUGAAAACAAAGAUGAAGUAUUUAGGUCCUUGUCGCAAUACAUCAAUGUUGCUACUAAUUAUAUUGUCUAUACAUCCUUCACUAUUACCGUCUGUGUGCAAUGAAAACUUAUUUUCCUCGGAAGAUGAUAGGGUAAAGAGUACCUGCAAUACUGCUGAUGUAAUUCGAGGGCCUUGUCAGAUCCCGGACGACCACGACAGUGCCGCACCACAGUGCAUGUCUGAUGAGAAAGUAGGCCUAGGCCUACAACUUUUUACAUCACUUGAAGACUGGGUUUCCUAUGUAAAACCGUGUCUACUUGUUAGAGAAAACUUCCCAAUUGAUCCAAUUAAGGCUAAUUUUGUGAGGCAGGUAGCAAAUGCUGUAUUCUCGUAUGCGUUACCAUCAACUUUAAAAUCAGAAGUUCAGCUUGUUGCUGUGGCAGAUGAUGUGAUGGAGAAUGUGUUGGAUUUGCAUCGUAGUGUAUCAGAGCAGGAGUUUUUCCAUGCAUUUGUUUCAGGGAAUACCAUUUUGCAACAUGUACCAACAUUAGCUCAUCGUUAUGGGGGCCAUCAGUUUGGCAGCUGGGCUGGCCAAUUGGGCGAUGGUAGAGCACAUCUGAUUGGUGAAUAUACAAAUAGAAAGAAUGAAACAUGGGAACUGCAGCUUAAGGGGUCAGGGUUGACACCAUACUCAAGGCGAGGAGAUGGGCGAGCUGUCCUAAGAUCAUCUGUAAGGGAAUUUUUAUGUAGUGAAGCAAUGCAUCACCUUCAUAUACCAACCAGUAGAGCUGUGAGUCUUAUUGUAAGUAAUGAUCCUGUAAUAAGAGACCAGUUUUAUAAUGGACAUCCAAAACAAGAGAGGGCAGCAGUCGUUCUUCGUCUGGCACCAACCUGGUUCCGAUUUGGAUCCCUUGAGAUACUUGCAAUCAGUGGGGAGAAACAUUUGCUGAGGAAGCUUGUUGAUUUCAUCAUAGUGCAAUAUAAUCAAGACAUUGAUGUUUCUGAUCCGGACAAAUAUUUAAUGUUUUACUCAAAUGUUGUUACCAUGACGGCAGAAUUGAUUGCACAAUGGCAGUCAGUUGGAUUUGCACAUGGGGUCAUGAAUACAGAUAAUUUCAGCAUUUUAUCUCUCACCAUAGACUAUGGUCCAUUUGGAUUUCUAGAUGAGUACAAUCCAAAAUUUGUUCCAAACUAUUCAGAUGAUGAAGGCAGAUAUAGUUUCGAAAACCAACCCUCAGUUGGUCUGUAUAAUUUGCAAAAGUUAGAAAAAGUGCUGAAGGUUCUCGUACCAGAGGAUCAUCACAUCCAGUUGACAAAAAUAACAUCAUUUUAUAUGGAUAUCUAUAAAUCCAAGUUCAUGGCAAUACAUCGGAGAAAGUUGGGUUUAUUGAAUGAACACAAUCAUGAAGAUAAUGAAUUGAUCGAAGUUUUCUUGAAGAUGAUGGAGGAUACUCGGGCAGAUUUUGCAAUGACGUUUCGACAAUUGAGUUCUCUGACAUUCAAAGAAAUGUCAUCAGCUGCAAUCCCAGAUGGCUUAUGGGCACUGAAACAACUUCAGCAGCAUAGAGAUUUUGAUAGAUGGAUGAAAUUGUAUGCUGAUAGAAUUAAACUGAAUGGAGAAGGUGAUGGGGACCAAGAAAGGCAAAAAAGAAUGAACAAAAUAAAUCCAAGAUACAUACUUCGUAAUUGGAUUGCUCAGUCUGCUAUUGAAAAAGCUGAGAGAAAUGACUUUGAUGAGGUAAAACUACUAUCAGAAGUUCUAAGAAAUCCAUUUGAAGAACAAGACAUUGCAGAAAGCAAGGGCUGGGCAAGCAAGCCGCCAAGUUGGGCUAAGAAACUUAAAGUCAGUUGCUCAUCUUGACCCCUCAUUCUACAGACAUAUUAGUAUGUUUUACUUAAUUAUGAAUUCAACACAGAAAAGAAUGCAGGAGACCCGCCAAAUUUUCUUUGCUUUAUCCUGGAGUUAAAAAAAUCACAAAAGCAUCCAAAUAACCACAAACAUAUUUUAUUAAAGAAAUAACGCAGCACUUAUGAUGCGCCAUUUGUGCAGAUAUUUGGAUACAUAAACAGCCCUUUAAAAUGUACCUGCAGACCACACUUUGCCCAUCUGUGACCUAAAGUAUGGUACAUGAACAAAAUUAAUGGACCAUUGUUUUAGGCAAUAAUUUUCUACUGAAGUAGGCGUCAGUAUGUUUCGUUGGCAAAGGGCCUUGCUGUACAUUUUCUAUAAAGCCUUGUCUUCAUAGUUAUUGCUGUAUGUUUUAAAUAUCCUGUGCAUUGAAAACAAGGCAAUACCAGCACCUUGGCUAAGCUAACCAAGAUCAGUGACUGUCUGUGUUGUUGGGUACCUCAGUUUCCUUUCUGACAAUUCCUCUGGCUGUUCGAGCACUACUGGUUCUAUUUUACCAAUUUUAGUGACUUCUGAAAGCGGUUUAAAAUCAGCUAAUUCUUCUACUCUUCUUGGUAAAUUAAACAACUUUUAGCACUGUCAACAUUGACUUUUUAUUUUAUUAAUUUUUUAGAUUAUGUAGUAUACAUGUUGCCAGUAUCCAGUUGGGUUUAUUGAAUGCAGUUUAUAAACUCUAAACCUAUUUGACAAUACUACAAAUGCAUUUUCAACAUUCCUUCUUGUUCUAGAUAGCCCGUAGUUACAAAAAGUUAAUACUGUACAGUAUUUAUAUUGUACCGUAGAUGCUUGAAUAAGCACCGCUCUCAAAUAAGCGCCGCUCUCGAAUAAGCGCUGCACCAAACAUAAUUUUUUUCGUUAAGCGCGCUCUCGAA